CACGGCUUUAUUUUACUAGUCCUCCCACACUUUGCCUCCCGAAUCUUCUUCCAUUUCUUGAUUUCUCUGCCACAUAUUUGGGAUUCUUGUGUCAAUUUUUAUCAUCAAACUACCAUUUUCUUACCAAGAUCCCAGUAGGGUCGAGAAAAAUUUUCCCAUGGAUUUCGAUUUUGAGAAGAAGCGCAUCCAAUUUCUGGUGUUCAUCGUCGGCACCAUCGUCCUCAGUUUCACAGCGGAGAAAUGUCGACAUUUGGUUGGGGAGAACGCUUCAUCCCAAAGUGGGAAGUUCACAUUCUUGAAUUGUUUUGACAUGGGUUCUGGGUCUGUUGCUUGUGGUGUGAAGGAGGGGGUAAAGCUCUACUUCUACAACAUACAGUCUGCCCAUGUCGAGAUGGCACGACACAAAGCACUCGAGACCGCAUUGGCUGAUGCAGUGUCCCAGGGAUUGUCUGCAAAAGAUGCAGCAAAACAAGCACAGAAAGAGGGAGCCAAGGCAGCAAAGCUGGCAAAGCGACAAGCGAAACGCAUAAUAGGGCCGAUCAUCUCUUCUGGAUGGGAUUUUUUCGAAGCUCUAUACUAUGGCGGUACCAUUGCUGAAGGCUUCCUCAGGGGCUCGGGGACUCUUUUCGGCGCCUACGCAGGAGGUUUCCUCGGUGAGCAGAGGCUCGGAAGGUUCGGGUAUCUUGUAGCAAGUCAUUUGGGCAGUUGGGUUGGAGGUAGAUUAGGACUGAUGAUAUAUGAUGUUGUUAAUGGAGUGCAUUACAUGCUCAGUUUUGUUCAAGGUGAAGAAGAAAGUGAAGUCCAUGAAAAGGCAGCCUACGUCGAAAAUGAAGCUUUCGACGACGACUCCCAUGUUAAUGAAGCUCCUAUCUACGCCAACUCUGAAGAUUCUGAAGAAUCGUACAACUACAAAUCUACAUCGUCUGAUGAUUCUGAAGCAUACGAAAACUCUGAGUUUAGAUGAUGAAUACUUUGGAUGCAUAGUUGAAUGGUUCAACAAUAGUGUGUUAUUAACAAUUUUACAGGAGACAUUCUAGAUUACCUGUCAGCUUACAUUUUUGUUGCUGGUUCAUUAGUGAAAAUGGGUAGCUGACUGAAUUUUUUAAUUGAAAGAAGUAAAAAGCCUUAUUUUUGUAGUUAGCUUAA